CAGUUCACUACUCAUCACAGAGAAUCAAGAGAUGAUGCACUAUAUACUAUAUAUGUAGCACUUGAACUGUGUAAAUCGACAUUAUUGCUUGUUUAUAAAGCUAGGAACUCAGACACUACAACAGGCUAUUUCUUUAAAAUAUUAUGGAUGUUAUUAUUAAACGCCCAGAGACAAGCUCGUCCUUGCAGCUUAAAGCCGACUACACAACCACAGUAGGUGAUAUCAAAUUACGUAUCACUGAAGAGACUGGUAUUCCCACGGAAGAGAUAAACCUACAUUACAACGACAAGCAACUUCCCGACGCUCAAACCUUAUGGAUGAUUGAGAAAACGAUAACGAGUCAACCAGGUAGCGAAUCUACAAAAUCUACAACCGCGAAUACGACUGAAGAGAAAUUGGAAUUUAAUAUGACCUACAAUAUGGAUGGUGGUUGCAAAAUUCUGUGCUUGCCGUGCACACUUAUAGCUUGCUGCUUUGGAUAUCUUUGCCCUUGUUGCUGCUGAUCUAUAUGUAAUCACAAGUAUUGAUUAUUAACCAACAAAAAAGUAUAAAUCGAUUCGGUUCUCGAGUCUCAACAGACUUAUAUCCCUGAGAUUAUUUAGUAAAGCUUUAGCACAACAAUGUCUAG